AUGGUCGAGAAACUCCAGGAGCUUCGGUCUAUAAGAGUUCAAAAAAUGAAGAAACAAGGUCAUUUUCUUCCUGAAGAGGAUGAUAAAUACCUUGAGCGUGUUAAGGCUGCAGUCGAGGAAGAGGAGCGCCAAGCUGCAUCUGCUGCUCGAACUGAUGCUGUUAAGGAUGCUAUUCUGACUGCUGAGAAAUCAAGGAAGCCUCCACAGAAUGCCAAUUCUCAAGAAGGUGGUUCUGAACAACCUAGUGGACCAUCUGAAGACAGGGACCUGGGAGAUGGCGGGAUAAAUGAGAGAAAUGACCAGGCAAGCCAGAAAACUGAACAUGAAGAUGAAGGCCAUAGAUUUGAGGGAAAAGGGCAUGAACAUCAUGACCCUGUAAGCAGUCUGCCUUUUGAGUUCUACCAUUAUUAUCAUGGAAGUAGCUAUGACAUGGGGACACUCAUUGAGGUCCGUAGAAUGUGGGAUUCGUUCAUCAGACCUGGAGGAAGAUACAUUUAUGAUAGCUUUUAUCUUCCUCGACUUUCAAGUCAGAUAACUGCCAUUGAAAUCUCUGCAGGAGAGGAGGAUAGUGAACACACUUAA